CUGCAUACAUCGGCGCACUUUAGAAAGAGUGAUUGGGGUACGGGUCCUGUAAACCCUGCAGCGAAUGCAAUAUUUAAUAUUUUUAAAAAUAGAAACCUCGUUUAAAUAAAAUAUUCACAAUUUAAUUAAAAAAAAAUCUAUAUAUAUAUAGCCGGGAAACGUGCAUUUGUUUCGUCCCGAAUUUAGUAUCCUUCCUAGCGGUUCUAGGGAACGUUACGUCUUUCCUGAAAACAAGCGCACGGUGACCGCUCAGAAUACGUCUGUUCAGUCAUACAUAUUUGCCAGCUUGCACUUGCAGCUUGCUCAAUAUUAAGCUACCUGCGAUACUUCAGAUAUCUGAUAGCCGUAGAUUGUGAUGUCGGACUCUGUGGGUGACGGGAAGUUGGAGGUGAAACAGGCCAGUAAAGAAGUCAAAGAGAGCGAGAAUGUAGCGGAAAAAUAUUCGGCAAUGACAGUGAGCAAGAACAGCGAUGUGAACGUUGGUGAACUAUCCGCAGCGUUCACCGCGGUCCCUACACACAAAUCUGUCAAGAAGCAGAUCCAGUUUGCGAACCAGGAGGAGAAGCAGGAGUUCAGCAAGUUCCCUACCAAGGCAGGGCGUCGUUCCCUCUCCCGCUCCAUCUCCCAGUCCUCCACCGACAGCUACAGCUCAGGUACGCCACCGCGCACCGCCCGCAAGCCCACAGCGGCCUCGUACACGGACAGCUCGGACGACGAGACCUCGCCUCGGGACAGGACGCAGCUCAACUCCAAAGGCGCGGGCGACUUCUGCGUGAAGAACGUCAAGCAGGCAGAGUUCGGCCGGCGCGAGAUCGAGAUCGCAGAGCAGGACAUGUCCGCACUGAUCUCUCUCAGGAAGAGAGCACAGGGAGAGAAGCCGCUCGCCGGAGCCAAAAUCGUGGGGUGCACCCACAUCACCGCCCAGACUGCAGUGCUGAUUGAGACUCUAGUUGCUCUGGGUGCUGAGUGCCGAUGGACUGCCUGCAAUAUCUACUCCACUCAGAAUGAAGUAGCUGCUGCACUGUCAGAGAGUGGGGUUGCUGUGUUUGCCUGGAAGGGGGAGUCGGAGGAUGAUUUCUGGUGGUGCAUCGACCGCUGCGUCAACAAGGAGGGCUGGGAGGCCAACAUGAUCCUAGAUGAUGGGGGUGACUUGACGCACUGGGUGUAUAAGAAAUACCCCAAUGUUUUUAAGAAGAUCCGAGGAAUCGUGGAGGAGAGCGUCACUGGGGUACACAGGCUGUACCAGCUUUCCAAGGCCAGCAAGCUGACCGUCCCCGCCAUGAACGUGAACGACUCGGUCACCAAGCAGAAGUUCGACAACCUGUACUGCUGCAGAGAGUCCAUUUUGGAUGGGUUGAAGAGGACCACUGAUGUGAUGUUUGGUGGAAAGCAAGUUGUGGUUUGCGGUUAUGGAGAGGUUGGGAAGGGUUGCUGCACAGCGUUGAAAGCCCUGGGAGCCAUCGUUUGCAUCACAGAGAUCGACCCCAUCUGUGCUCUACAGGCCUGCAUGGACGGCUUCAGAGUAGUGAAACUGAAUGAGGUCAUCCGCCAGGUGGACGUCAUCAUCACCUGCACAGGAAAUAAAAACGUGGUGACCAGAGACCAGCUGGACCGGAUGAAGAACGGAUGCAUCGUGUGCAAUAUGGGCCACUCCAACACGGAGAUCGAUGUGGCCAGCUUGCGGACCCCGGAGCUCACCUGGGAGAGGGUGCGGUCACAGGUGGACCACGUCAUCUGGCCCGACGGCAAGCGGGUCGUCCUGCUGGCUGAGGGCCGCCUUCUGAACCUGAGCUGCUCCACAGUUCCUACGUUUGUCCUGUCAAUCACAGCCACAACUCAGGCCCUGGCUUUGAUCGAACUGUACAACGCGCCGGAUGGACGUUACAAACAGGACGUCUACCUGCUGCCCAAAAAGAUGGAUGAGUAUGUUGCCAGCUUGCACCUGCCCACCUUUGAUGCCCACCUGACGGAACUCUCAGACGAACAGGCCAAGUACCUGGGCCUAAACAAGAACGGCCCAUUCAAACCCAACUACUACAGAUAUUAACGCAAAUGGACCACAGUGCCCUACAACACUACCAGAUGUACAUGAAGACUGGAACACCAUCCCUCAGAAAUUAUAAGUUUUAAAGAUGCUCCAAAAAGGAAACGCCAUUUUCGAAGGGACAGCAGAUUUCCUGAUGAAUGUGAUUCUGUUUCAUUGUGCUUUUUAAAAUGAAGUACGAUGCCUGCCGUCCACACUCGCAUCCACGGAUAAACACCUACAGAUAGACAUACGCGUGCACAAAUACAGUGCACUACGUCCAUCCAUGCAACCUCACCACAAGAACGACAACUGUUGCUUCCGCACAGAAUGUCAGCUUAGUCAUCACAACACGUUUAUAUUUUAACACUUUUUUUAAUUACACAUACUUAUUUUUAGACAAAUCUGAGACACAGUUUAGUAAAAAAAUAAUUGACAGUAAAGGUGCCAAAUUAAAGCUAGGAAAUGGGAGGUGAUUGGGGUGGGUUUGUUUUCUGUGGUGGCUUAGCUGCUCUGAAUAAUUUUAGCGCACAAACACAUUCCAUAAGACCAUGGCUGGGUGGCCAUUUUGAAGGAAAGCUUGGAGUUUAUGAGAGUGUCCCCAUGCACUAAGUCAUGGGAUAGCUGCUAGCAUAUAGAGAAUUGCUAGACACACCUAAUAUCAUGAAAAAUAUCACAUUUAGCAUAAAAUAAUUUAUAGAAUAAUACAUAUUUAUACUGUAACGAUGUGGUUCAAAGUAAAAUAAAAGAGAAAGUGAUCAUUACCUGAGCUCUACUUGGAGUCACUUGCAAAGUUCCUGAGGGUCCAAAUCCCACAUCUCUCAUGGGUUUUAAGACAGGGCCAAAUGUGCUCUGUUUAAUCCAGGGAUGUACCGCAAGAGCUGAUAACUUUCAGGAUUUCUUGCCAGUUCCUGUAUUUAGUCCAAUCACUUAUUUGAUCUGACAUUUUUGUCAAGGUCAUGUGAUUCAGCUGAAGACUGCACAUGCAUCCUUAGUGAAAAGACUUUACUCAGGUCUGAUAAAACUAAUCCAGAAAAUAAUUGGUUGGAGCAAGAAGUAGCGCGCGCACACACACACACACACACACACACACACACACACACAAACACAAACACACACACACACACACAUUCACACAUCAGCCCUCCAGAACUGAGGUUGUGUGCUACAGGUUUAAUGCAACUUUUAUUUGAAAUUAAUUUAAAUUCAAACUAAUUAAUUCAUGCAGUGUUGGAUUCUGUACCAAAAAAAUUGUUAUUGAUUGGUUGGCUGAUAUAGUGUAGUUUUUUUUUUUUUUUUUUUGCUGCUUUUCAUCCCACUUUUGAUUGGCAGCUUUCUGCUGCCUCCGCAAAGGUCAUUAUUUCCAGAUUGUUUACCACCUUGGAGGGAUUAUUACACAACUAAUUACCUUAUUCAACAGUUACCAAUAACGAUUAUAUAUUAGUUACUUUUACCUUCAUUGAUUUUUAUGGACUUAAUCAGCUGAAAUUGAAAUAUUCUUCCGUGGCCCUUUGACCAUAUUGUUUUAGCGUUGUCAAGCAAGCACUGGUUGAUAGUUCUAUUUGGACCCGCAAAAAGAAAUUCUAUGAUUUCAUUAAAACAAAACAAAAUGGGUCUCAUUCACAAAACUUUUCUUAAAUUAACCUGACUUGUGUUCGCCGUUACUCGCGUUUCCUAGUUAACAUUAUUAGUGAAUAAUGACUGCUUAGAAAGCUUUUCAUAUCACUCCGCAGAAAGAAGUGCGGUUAAUUAUUCAAAUGUGUGAACUCGCGACAUCUGGUGUCAAAAAGACGUUACUCCACCGUUAACUUGCCUCGUAUCUUACUCCAAUACUCCCGUAGCCAAACAUAGGUCGAAUUAUUUACGAGAACGCAAAGGGAAAAUGGUUUCAUAUUAAUUUAAAUUUAUUUUGUCAUUAUUUUUCGAUAGCAGACCACUUCGUUUUGGAUUAGUCCUUAUGUGUGGUUGGGAGUAUCCUACUGAUUCUUUUUGUUGUUUGAUUGAUCAACAGUAAUGCGACACUGAUACACCGGAGUUAUCGAAUAACAUUCAGCUGGUAAAAUUGUGAAUGUUCAUAUGGAUAAAAAUAUUUAGCCUUGAAUUCCUCCUUUAUGGAUAUCUUUUAGCUGCUGUUUUUGCAGUCUUUGCCCCCAACAACCCUCAUAUCAUAUCAUAUUGAUACUGUUCGAGCAUGUCAACUUUGUUCUUAGUUGUGAUAUUGCUCUGUAGAUGUAUAAUCUUUAUAUGUAGAUUUAAGUGAAGUUGUUUUCUUUUUUCUUUCUUCUUUGGAGAAUCCUGAUUAUCUUAAAGGCUUUUAGCCUUCCCAAUUUUGUACUUAAGAGUCUUCCCCUGCUUACCUUCUUCACAUGGUCUGCAAGGAAAGAUAUAUAAAAUAAUGCACAAAUAAAUGCAUGUCUACUUAACCUCUUGUUACGUCCCUCCGCCUCAGGUGGGGGCGCUGGCUGUUUGGAUACGUGUUUGUCUCGUUAUAGGUAAUUGAGAGCACCUGUGGCGGUGCCCUUUUAAGAAGCCUGGUGUCAGCUUCUCCCCAGAUGGGAGCUUUUUCUCUUCACCUCUCGACCACGGCCGGGUCUUGAUUUUAUCUUGUGUUUUGCAGCUAUUUUAGUAUUCCUUAUGGGUAGUUGAGUAAAGUUAUUGGUUGUUUUUGGGAAGCCUUGGUUUUGGCUUCGUUAUGUUUGCGGGGGCUUGAGAGCAACCGUAACACCUCUACAUGAACACAUUUAAAGUUAUCAGUUGAAAAUGCGGUGUGCUAGUUGCACACUUUCAUGUUACGAAAUGAGAUUAAAUGAAAUAGAAAACGUGUUCAUGGUGUGAGCUGAAUAGUAUUCAAAUGAAUCUGGGCUUGAACUGAAUAAUUUUGUUUCUGUGAGAAGUACCUUUAAAAGAGCUCUUGGCAUUCAUUUUGAUUUCCAUGUUUAAGUAGAAGGUGAAGCUUUCCUUUCCAUAUGUCCAGCUUAUGUAUGAAAUGAAUUAGCAACAACAUUGGGUAAAAAAUUAGUUGACAAAAUGAAGAGUAAGAUUUUUCUUUUUAAAAGUACCUAGCAAAACAUUCAGUGCCCUCCAAAUAUUCUGAGAAAGGUGAAGUGAAAUUUAUUAUUUUUUGCUAUAUAAUCAAGGCAUUUGGAUUGAAGAUCAAAAGAUGAAUAUGAGACAAAAGUACAGACAAUCAGCUUUUAUUUCAUGGUAUUUACAUGCGUACGUGUUUUACUAUUUUACAGAAACAGCUGUUUUGUGUUGCGUCCCCACAAUUUCAGCUGUGCGAGAGUAAGUUAAUGGAUGACUGACAGGUAUUAACUGUUUGAAAAGUCUUUAAAAAGAAAAGCACUUGUGGAAAUGAACACUGUAAAGGACAAAGAAGACAACUGAAGUUGAUAACAGAGGAGUCUUAAGAGCUGUGAAGAAAAACCCUAAAACAACAGUCAGUGACAUCACCAGCAGUCUCCAGAGGACAGGGGUAAAAAUAUCACAAGCCACCAUACGCAGAACACUUUGAGAGCAGAAUUAUAAAGGCUGCACUAAAAUGGGCGACUCAACGCAAAACAGCCGUUUCUGUAGAAUGGUAAAACAUGUACACAUGCAAAUACCAUGAAAUAAAAGUUUAUUGUUUGUACUUUUGUCUCAUAUUCAUCUCAAAUCCAAAGGCUUUAAAUGUACAGCAAAAAUCACUAAUUCCAUUCUGCUGUUCCCAUACUUUUGGAGUUCACAGUAGCAUAUUUAAAGAGGGAGAUUUGCACAUGGUAAACCGUUGGCCUGUUAGAGGAUUUACAUUAUAAUUUGAUAUUUAAAACAUGUCAGUAAAUGCAGACGGUGAGCAUGUAGCUGUGGUGUGGCGUGGCUGACUCAUCAAGCAUGCAGUGACAGUUGCUAUGUAAAUUAUAUUACAGUUAAUGUGUCAGCCCCCAUUCAAAUGUUAAACUGCAAGAAGUUCAUCUGUCAUUUACCUACUAUACAGCUACAUUGCCUUGAAGAACACAGUUCAGUCAAAAUGUUUGACUUCUGUGUAUACUUGUAAUGUAUUUUCAUGCUUAGUAGAAACUUAAUUUGUAACCAAAGUAAAACUGAAAGAAAUAAUAGAGCAUAUAUCCCUUUAACUCCUUAACAAUGAGAAAUAUGUGGUCGGAUACAGUUCUGUUUCCUUGUAAACAAGGAAUUUCCUAGUAAAACAUGUUAUAUUACAA